GAGAAGAAAGCGCGGAGGAAGCACACACAGAAACACACACACCCACGGGCUAGCGGCGUCCCCUGCGCGCGCGCGCAUGCGCCCCGGCGGCCUUGACCCGGGUGCCUUCCUCCUGCCCGCUUCUAUGGAAGAAGCCCGUGGCCCGUUUGCUCCGCGGCCGCCGUCGGGGAAGGAGGCGAGAGGCGGAGCGCCAGGAAAAUGCCGGGAAAGCUGAAGGUCAAGAUCGUGGCGGGGCGGCACCUGCCUGUCAUGGACCGAGCCAGUGACUUGACGGACGCCUUCGUGGAGGUAAAGUUUGGAAACACUACAUUUAAGACAGAUGUCUAUCCCAAAUCUCUCAAUCCUCAGUGGAACUCAGAGUGGUUUAAAUUUGAGGUGGAUGAUGAAGAUCUGCAAGAUGAGCCUCUACAGAUAACUGUCCUCGAUCAUGAUACUUACAGUGCUAAUGAUGCUAUUGGAAAAGUUUACAUUGAUAUCGAUCCUCUGCUCUACAGUGAAGCAGCUACAGUUAUUUCGGGCUGGUUUCCAAUUUACGACACCAUACAUGGUAUACGUGGGGAGAUCAAUGUGAUGGUGAAAGUAGACCUCUUUAAUGAUUUAAACCGUUUUAGACAAUCGUCAUGUGGAGUAAAAUUUUUCUGCACUACGUCUAUUCCGAAGUGUUAUAAAGCCGUAAUUAUUCAUGGAUUUGUAGAAGAACUUGUAGUUAAUGAAGAUCCAGAAUAUCAAUGGAUAGACCGAAUCCGUACACCAAGAGCAUCAAAUGAAGCCAGGCAAAGACUUAUUUCAUUAAUGUCAGGGGAACUGCAAAGGAAGAUUGGCCUGAAGGUACUUGAAAUGAGAGGAAAUGCAGUGGUUGGCUACUUGCAGUGUUUUGAUCUGGAGGGAGAAUCUGGCCUAGUAGUACGAGCCAUUGGAACAGCCUGUACCUUGGACAAAUUAAGUAACACACCUGUAUUCUUACCUGCAUGUAAUUCCCCAUCCAAGGAGAUAAAGGAGAUUCCUUUCAAUGAAGAUCCCAACCCCAAUCCUCAUUCAUCAGGACCCUCCACCCCUCUGAAAAACCAAAUCUAUUCCUUUUCACCUUCCAAGUCCUACAGUCGACAGUCCUCUUCUUCUGACACAGAUUUGAGUUUGACACCCAAAACUGCACUUCCCCUAUGGGGACCCAAGAUUUUCCUGCUUCCCAGUUCCCCACCACUUACAUCUUCUUGUUCCCCACCACUUACAAGGCCCUGUCUUCUCUGCUCAGGGUCUAGCUCUAACUCUCUUCACUCUAGCCCUGUGAACCCAAUUCUCAGGAAAAGUAUUUCUUUCACUGAAGAGCUACUUCUGGCUGCUUCGGGAAUGGGAAGUGGUAGUGCUGGAAAAGAAGGGGGGCCUUUAAAAGCUCUGUUAAGACAACAAACUCAAUCAGCUCUGGAGCAAAGGGAAUUUCCUUUUUUUACUUUGACGGCGUUUCCUCCGGGCUUCCUUCUCCACGUCGGUGGGGUCGUCAGCGCCCGCUCUGUGAAACUCUUGGAUCGUAUCCACAAUCCAGCCUUUGUCGGAAUUAUGGGUAACACAAGAUCAUACAAACUACUAGACUGGAAUAGUUUCAAUUCAGAUGACCCGGAAACACGGGAUGCCUGGUGGGCAGAAGUUCGUCAAGAAAUCAAAUCCCAUGCAAAAGCAUUGGGGUGCCACGCUGUGGUGGGCUACAGUGAAUCAACUAGCAUUUGUGAGGAGGUCUGUAUUUUGUCUGCCUCGGGCACAGCAGCUGUGCUGAAUCCCAGGUUUCUCCAGGAUGGAAACAUGGAAGUCUGUUUGGAACCAAGGUUGUCAUGGCAGCCUGGCUACUUUUCCAUAGGGUCAGAGAAGGGAGAGGUUGAUUUUUUUCCUCAAAACCAAGAUAGUUCUUCUCUAUUAGGGCUAGAGGAAACCUUACCUCCCGGUUGUGGCUUCUGUCACAUCCCUUACGAUGAGCUCAACAUGCCAUUCCCGGCUCGCCUCGCUUACUGCUGCAGUUGCAGGAAGCAGAAAGUGCCCGAUGUUCUUUUCACGACAAUAGACUUACCCGUGGACGCAGUGGUGUUUGGAAAAGGCUGUCUCAUCCAAGCCAGGCUAUGCCGGCUGAAAAAGAAAGCCCAAGCCGAAGCCAACGCAACCUGCAUCAGUAACCUGCUGCCAUUUAUGGAGUACGAAGUACACACUCAGUUGAUGAAUAAGCUGAAGCUAAGAGGGAUGAAUGCCCUCUUUGGCCUACGGAUACAGAUCACGGUGGGAGAAACGAUGUUGAUGGGUCUGGCAUCUGCUACAGGGGUUUAUCUGGCUGCUUUACCUACUCCUGGUGGUAUUCAGAUUGCAGGGAAAACUCCCAGUGAUGCCACUUACGAACAGCAUAUAUCUCAUAUGCAGAAGAAAAUCAAUGACACAAUCACCAGAAACAAAGAGCUGUAUGAGAUUAACCCUCCGGAGACAUCGGAAGAAAUUAUAGGUUCUCCCAUUCCAGAACCGAGACACCGGACCAGGUUGCUAAGAUCUCAGUCUGAAAGCUCUGAUGAAAUUGCAGAAUUGGAUCUCUCUCAUGGCAAGAAAGAUGCCUUUGUGUUGGAGAUUGAUGAUACAGAUGCAAUGGAAGACGUUCACACUUUGUUGACAGAUAUCCCUCCACCCUCAGGCUUUUAUAGCUGCAAUACAGAAAUCAUGCCUGGAGUAAACAAUUGGACUUCUGACAUACAGAUGUUUACGUCUGUAAGAGUCUCCAGACUUAGCAAUAUUACCCUCACAAACCAAACUCUCAACAAGACCUUUAAUGAUCUCUGUGAGAAUCUACUAAAGAGCCUUUAUUUUAAACUCCGUUCGAUGAUCCCUUGUUGCCUGUGCCACGUCAACUUUACUGUUGCUCUUCCAGAAGAUGAAUUAAUUCAGGUCACCGUUACGGCUGUUGCAAUAACCUUUGAUAAACACCAGGCUUUGCAAACAGCUAAAACUGUAGAAAAAAACCUACAAAGAGCUUCCACAGACAACGAAGAACAGCUGCAAUUUUCAUUGGAGCUUUCUUCUGAUCCUCACAUGCCUCAGCAGUUCUCACCGGCAAAAGAGGACCUGGAGAAUGCAAGUUCCCACGCAGGUAUACCAGCUGGUCAAAGAGCCACUUCAGUUGAUUACAGUUCCUUUGCAGACAGAUGCAACAGCUGGAUAGAAUUCAUUAAACUGAAAGCUCAAACCAUAAGGCGUGGAUCAAUUAAGACAACCAUCUCCCUUGACAAGCCAAGUCCACUGACCGAAGGACAGUGCCGUAACCGUUUGGGACCCAUGGGAAUGAACUCCACUGUGCCAGUUGUGAAGAUGACACCGCUUUCUUUCAUCCCCGGGGCAAAAAUAACGAAAUACCUUGGAAUCAUCAACAUGUUCUUCAUACGAGAAACCACUUCUCUACGAGAGGAAGGUGGUGUGAGUGGCUUCCUGCACGCAUUUGUCGCUGAGGUGUUUGCGAUGGUCCGAGCUCAUGUGGCAGCACUUGGGGGAAAUGCGGUAGUCUCCUACAUCAUGAAGCAGUGUGUGUUUAUGGAAAACCCAAACAAAAACCAGGCCCAGUGUCUAAUAAAUGUCAGUGGAGAUGCAGUGAUUUUUAUUCGUGAAUCUGAACUAGAUGGGGUGCCUGCCCAGUUUUCUGCUACUGGUUCCACAAAAGAAACAACAUGAAGAAUGGAGAUGUUUUUAUUCAUGUGACCAUAUUUCCAGAGGCUCCGGUAGCCAAGUUUUGUUUCUUACGCUCCGAAUAUGAAGAAUGGCUCCAUUUUGAACCAGCUUAAAACAUCUUUUCCCAUUUCAUAAGAUCCAAGAAACCACCUCAGAGUUCUCUGGACAGAUGAAAGAACAUCUGUCUGAAGAACAAACUGGACCAUCUAUUGUUCUUCAGGUUCCUCAGGAUACUGCCCUGCAUAUCUUAGAAGCACACUGAGAUGAAGACUUUGAUAAGGCAGGAGGAGGGAUAUUUAUACUGAAACUGGAAUAACUGGGAAAGCUAAAUCUACGUUUUCCAUAAAAGAAGAAAAUGGCAUUAAUAUUGCCAGAUGUUCACCCUGCACAGAGAACUUACCUGUUGGAAUAAGCAAGAAUAAUAAGCAUCCUAAACUGGAUUUUUGUGGCAUGUUUGUUUCUUUGUUUUCAUAUUAGCGAACUAUGGACUAUUUUUCUAUUGUAAUUUUUUUUUAAAAAAUGAAAUUGCAGUAUUGAUUAUGAUGAACUAGCCAAUGCACAUAGGAUUGCUAUAGCCUGUCUUUCGAACAACAGGAUGCGGGAACAAUAUUUCUCAAGGCACUGAAAUCCCAGCUGCGUUAGAAGAAAAGAUCAGGGUUUCUGAUCUUCUCGGGUUGUAAACGCUACCAAAAUGGAGAAAUCACGGAUGCCACUGCCCUUCCCUAAACAGCACUCCACUUUGGUACUCAAGACAGGGAUUGUGGCAAAUAAAAGAAGAAUGUUUAGAUAACCCUGGCCCAGAUGAAUGAUAAGAAAAAAACCUAAGAAAUUGCCAAGAGUGAUUUCAUCCGUAAAUUGGAAAGGUAGAGGAGAAUUUUGCAUCCAGCCAUAGAUGUUUUGGGUGGUGAUAGGAGGAACACUCACCUAACAGAAAGAGAAGCCCCUUAAAAAUGGUUUCCUCGGUUCAGUUUCAACUGGUGGACCGUUGGACAGACUAUCCAUCAAAUGUUCUCCAGAUGUUCCUUCUCCCUCACCAAACAUAUUCUUGUGUUAAGAAGAGGCAAGCUGAAAUCUUCCAGGGGCUUCCAAUAUGGAACUUGAAGUACAUAAUGUAAACUUGAAUGUAAAUACAUGAAAAUUUAUUGGAUUAAAGUGCAGAAACUUCUAGAUUAUUUGUCCAAUUCAGAGAUUUCUUUGUAAGGAGAGUGGUGAACGUCACAUUCCUAUGUACAUAAAUAAAGCCUCUUUAUAUAAA